GCAACUUGCAAGGCGGUUCUUGUCCUAAAAAUGACUAUCCAGAUGUCGAGACUCUAAAAGCCAGGUUGAAGCUGUUGCGAGCUGCCCAGGGGACUAAGAACGGCCGAUAAGCGUUUCGCGGCAUUCGAAAUUUUCAUUGAUUCGUCCUCCCUGGAAAAUCCUCAAAACCACCCCAGGUUCAAAGAAUGAAGAGAUCCACGCGUGAAGUCCCGAAAAAAAGAGGGUUUUCCAGACCUGCUCGACCGAUUCUAGAGGAAAACCCAGCGGAGAAUGAUCUCUUCCCGGAAGGACAGGACCCGUUCGCUCCAAUGAUCGAGUACUUCGCGGAGAAAAAAAACUUAAAUCCAGAGCUCAAGGCUCGUCUGACCCAAUACAUUCAUAACAACGUGAUGCGAUUAGUCUCUGCAAGCUGUGUAUCAGCCUCGAAACGGAAUGAGCGAUUCCCAGAGCCGAGCGACAUCGCCGAGGCCGCUGAGGAACUAUUCCAUCUGAAGAUUCCCGGUGUUGAGGGGAACAACGUAGAUUUCAACGCUUUCCCCGCCGAGAUCAGAGAGUUCAUGGAGAAUCAUCCCUUCGGACACUUAGGCUCUGACAGUGAUACGCGAUGCUCUGAUUCGGAUUCAGACUCGGAUUCGCCGAAUACGGAGCAACCGACGAUCUCCGACUUUCAAGCGAAGCUUCGACUUGGGACCGAAGGAGAGUCCUCGACUCAGAAUUCAGAACCUGCGCUUGGAGAAGAAGGAGCCGAGAAAGAUGAAUCGAAUGAAGUGAAAGAUUGAGACAUCGAAGAGAAUCGGAGCGUAGUCUUCUGCCGCUUCAUUCAGUCACCCUCACAGGGUUAUUACGGCGACUCAUAAUGCGGCUCCAACUCCGAAGGAGAAGCCCUUCGGACUCCCUCAGAGCGAAUGGAUUUGUAAUCAAUAAUCAUUUCGGAAACGCACUCUCUUGAAUAAAUGAUCGUUCUCCUGCG